AUGCAGUCACUUUGGACCUAUCAUACAAAGAUAAAGAUUUCCAAUUCGAUAGUGACAAACGGCCAGAACCGGUUUAUUCUGUUUUUCCAGUUUUCAGGAGUUAACCUUUAUUGCCGAUGUGUAUUCAUUUAA